GUUAUCUGCUCCCCCUUAUAGAUUCAUUGAGCACCGUUCGCCAAGCUGCAUAGUGUACGACGAUGUUCCCACUCGAAAUUCAGUUGUUUCAGCUCUUAUCAGCCCAAAAAGCUGCGCAGUCGCUAUCGCCGUCGGUCGCCCGCGCUGAUACCAAUAAACGCAGAUGAAACGCUGAUAUUCGAUAGUGUUUUCGACUCAGUCGGAAAUUAACAUUGCUCGUGACACCUGGAUGUUUCCCCACCACAAAAAUGGCCUUCAGAGACAUUCUACGCGGAAUAGGCGACCUGAUCCUGAACAACAAGCUGAUCACCUUCCUGAGUGUGGCCUUGUUUGCGUUCGUCAUUGCGACCAUUGCACUGGCCAGCGAGAAUAACAGCAAUGCGAACGCUUUGGAUGCAUGCCGGGGUCAACUGUGGCAGGCAACUUCGGUAGUACCGGUGACAACUACGACACUACAGCCGGCGGAAAGCACCACCGCUGCUGGGGGAGGCGAUUCUUCUACGACGGAAGCUACUACGUCCACGGAGCAAAGUAGUACAACGGAAGCAACGACAGCUACACCAGAUCCAGGAGCGAACGGUAGUGUGAGAAAACGGCGGCGCUAAUUUGGCACAGAACUACCAUUUUUUUUUUUGCAUAGCUAGUUAAGUGACUUACCUGAUGAAUCAACUACAAGCAUAUACCAAAUAAAAUCGAUAAGAUAACAUCGUUUGCCUAGACA